GAUAUCCAUAUACAAAGCCGCAUCAUUUAUAUCUCAAGGUUUUCAUCGAUGCAAGUAAUAAUCAUUAUUUAAACAUUAUUUGAUGUGAUUAAAUAGUGAAAUUCUAUAAGCAGAAUUGGUGUUUGUUGAAAAACGCAAAGGUAAAUCGAAAAACAGAAUAUAAAGUCAUGUCCAGCUUAAAAGUACAAGCAGCAACGGACCGUAGCUAUGUCUACACAUUUGUCGUACUUUGUAUUGGUUUCCUUGCUGGAAUUAUGGUAGGAAUGCAUGCCUUUGAUAGAGGACCAGAGUCAGAGGAUGUAGAUGACUUUCAUCAAUCAAAGAGGACCAUUCAAACGUCUCAAGAACGUGUUUUAAUCAAGGGAUUUGAUAGCAGAAAUAAUUUCAGGAGUACAAAGAAAAGGGAGACUCAUAAUCAGAGCAACAUACAGGGCUCAAAUCCAUUUAACUGUACAGAAAAACGGUGCAAGAAGUGUCCAAAAGGUAAAGCAAAGCAGCCAUGGAAUGGUCAGGAUCCACAGAUUUUCGCACCACUUACAGCAGACGAGAUGAUAAAAGUAAAUGACUUCAUGGUCACAAAUAACUAUGCUGACAACUUAACCGCCAUGUCGAGCCUAUCUCUGAAUAUAAACUUCCUUACGUUUAUGUAUUUGUAUCUACCCAAUAAAACUGCCGUUCUCGAGUACAAAGCGGGACAAGGAAAGUAUCCAGGAAGGUAUGCACGUGUCCAUGUUGCACGGGGUGCUCGUGCAGUACCAGAUUAUAUGGAAUAUAAGGUAGGGCCUCUCAGAGCAAACAUAAUGACAGCCGAACAACUAUAUAAUGAUGGAGAGCUUGUAUUUAAUAGUCGUCCGUUUGACAAUAUAGAAUAUGGAUUUUAUAUCCAGUUGCUAAGCGAAGAAAUAAAAAUACUCGAACCACUUACUAUAGAGAGUUUUGACGGCGCAUACUAUCCACGAGAAAACAAUGAUUUACAAUUUUGGCUUUGGAAUGGACCACCUGGAGCGUUAGCUGAUGAACGUGAGACUCGGGUCAUUGCUUUGUUAAAUCCUUUAGCACCAAACGGUGCGGAUUUACUUGAACUUGAUUUCUUACCCUUAUCAGCUACCAUACAUUGUCCAGGAACGGACUUUCAUCAAUGGUAUAUCUAUGACUUCUACUAUUUAAAUCAAGGACCAUUCCCUAACGCAACUGCUUUGCUCAACGCUUAUCAAAACGGUUCCUUACGAAAGUUUACAUUACCUGAUGGGUAUCGUGAAACUGUCCUUGAUCGUCAUCUUCCAGAUCGAGAUACGGACCAACCAUUCAGACGUAACUCCUUUUUAUCUACACCUAGAACCUAUGAGCCCGAUGGACCAAGAUACAUAAUUCGAGGAUAUAAUGUAGAUUGGAUGGACUGGAACUUUGAUGUUACUGCUGGUCAGAUUCGUGGACCUGGGCUCUUUGAGGUAUCAUUUAAAGGUAAUAAAAUAGCUUAUGAGAUUUCUUUAAAUGAAAUAGCACUAACAUAUGGAAGUGGGUCAUCAGGGCAGACGAAUGUAAUUUAUGCCGAUUCUUCUUUCGCUAUUGGAAAUUACAACGGGAUAAUCAAAUCUGUUGACUGUCCUAAGCAUGCAACGCUUUUAGAAACAUCUCACUGGGAACCGUCAGGCGCAUCACCUGUUGUAACAAAAUCCAUCUGCGUAUUUGAAGCAGAUGGGGAAAAUGCUCUUUGGCGACAUAAAGCGUAUGAGUUUCAAGGCGGUCUUAGAAAUAAUUAUCUUGUCGUCCGUGUAUCAUCUACUAUAGCAAAUUAUGAUUAUAUAGUUGAGUGGCAUUUCCAACUUGACGGUAAGGUAUUCACAAUUGUAACAGCAAGUGGUCUAAUUCAGGCAACAUUCUGGGAUCAUGAAAAUCCUUUUAUGGGAUCAGAGAAAGGAAGAGACGCUUUCGGGUACAGAGUAGGUGAGAAUGCUCAUGGACAAAUACAUGAUCACAUGUUUGGUUUCAAAGUUGAUCUUGAUGUUCUUGGAACAGAUAAUUCCAUGGAAGUUAUUCACUGGAAAAAUAACAAUGUUCUUUCCGCUUUACGCAGCCAGGUCCCUAACGUAUCAGAAGCUCCAAAAUAUUUCCUUGAUAACUGGACCAGAUAUAUAGAAUAUGAACUCGUCGAAAAUGAGACCGGGAAACGAAUAAAUAUGGAUGAACCGGAAUUCUGGGUAAUUGUCAAUGAAAAUGAGAGAAAUAAAUGGGGUAACAUGCGAGGAUAUGAAAUAAAACCAAUAGCUACUGCUGCACAGACGCUCUCAGACAACCAUCCUGCAAUGCCUGCUUUGUCAUUUACGAAAUAUCACUGUGCCAUUACAAAGAGGAAAGAAGAUGAACAAUACCUGGAUUCAUCCAGUGAUACACACAGACUUGACAAACCUAUUGAAGACCUUGAGAAAAUGCUAAAUGGAGAGUCCAUUAGAAAUACCGAUGUUGUAAACUGGGUAUCAAUUGGAUUUUUGCAUGUACCUACUUCCGAAGAUGUACCAAUGACAAUCCGUGUUGAGGCCGCAUUUAUGCUCAAACCGUUUAAUUUCUUCAACACAACUCCAGUGUUUGACCUUCAGGGGCAUUUUGAUACAAAAACACUAAAUAAAACGGGACGACCACCUAAAUACACACCAUGUCUAGAGAAAAUACAAUGACCUUUCCCAAAACGAAAGUUCAAGAAAAAUAGAGGGUUAUAAAGGGUUAUCAAAAGAAGAAUUAAGGUGACAAUAAGUUUGUUUGUUUGUUUGUUGUUGUUGUGGAUUUUUUUGUUCCUAUUGUAAGCUUUGAAAAAAAAUAAGUACACGACUUUAUAAGCUAUUUGCAAUCUUACUUUAUUCUCAAUAUUUAAUUAAUUGACAUUUAAAGAUUAUGCCUGUACAGAGUAAAGAACAAAGAAAGGAAUAUCAUUUCUUGCUCGAUUUUAGUGAGUAUGUUCAUAAAAGUUGACUUUGUACGUUAUUCUGAUGAAGACAACAGUCGAAACUAGUAAAGAUUAAAGAAAUA